AUUCCCAGAUUGCGAUGAGCCGUACCCUCGUCUCGUUGACCUCAAUCUAGCUGGGGAGCCCACAGAAGAGGCCCCCAUGGCAGUGCAGAGGGACUAUGGGUUUUGGUGUCCUCGGGAGCUGAAAAUAGAGCCUGACCUGGGUUACUCCUUCCUGAGGGUACGGGACUGUUCCCCUCCCUGCCCCAACAUGUACUUUCGGCGUGAGGAGCUCUCCUUUGCUCGCUACUUCAUCGGCGUGAUCUCCAUCGUCUGCCUCUCUGCCACCUUGUUCACCUUUUUAACUUUCCUCAUCGACGUGACGAGAUUUCGCUACCCAGAGAGGCCGAUCAUAUUUUAUGCUGUCUGUUACAUGAUGGUGUCCUUGAUUUUCUUCAUCGGCUUCCUGCUGGAAGACCGAGUCGCGUGUAACGCGUCCAGCCCCGCCCAGUACAAGGCCUCCACGGUGACGCAGGGCUCUCACAACAAAGCUUGCACCAUGCUCUUCAUGGUGCUUUAUUUCUUUACCAUGGCCGGCAGCGUUUGGUGGGUCAUCCUCACCAUCACGUGGUUCUUGGCAGCUGUCCCCAAGUGGGGCAGCGAAGCCAUCGAGAAGAAGGCGUUGCUCUUCCACGCCAGCGCCUGGGGCAUCCCGGGCACUCUGACCAUCAUCCUCCUAGCCAUGAAUAAAAUCGAAGGGGACAACAUCAGCGGCGUCUGUUUCGUCGGCCUCUACGACGUGGACGCUUUGAGAUACUUUGUGCUGGCCCCUCUCUGCCUCUACGUGGUGGUUGGAGUGUCCCUGCUGCUGGCUGGGAUUAUCUCCCUCAACCGGGUCCGCAUUGAAAUCCCGUUGGAGAAGGAGAACCAGGACAAGCUGGUGAAGUUCAUGAUCCGGAUCGGCGUGUUCAGCGUGCUGUACCUCGUGCCACUGCUGGUGGUUAUUGGCUGCUAUUUCUAUGAGCAGGCCUACAGAGGGGUGUGGGAGACGACCUGGAUCCAGGAACGCUGCAGGGAGUACCACAUCCCCUGUCCCUAUCAGGUCACUCAGAUGAGUCGCCCGGAUUUGAUUCUCUUCCUCAUGAAGUAUCUGAUGGCUUUGGUCGUUGGGAUCCCCUCUGUCUUCUGGGUUGGAAGCAAAAAGACCUGUUUUGAGUGGGCCAGCUUCUUCCACGGGCGCAGGAAAAAAGAAGUGGUGAACGAGAGCCGACAAGUGCUGCAGGAGCCAGACUUCGCUCAGUCUCUUCUGAGGGACCCCAACACCCCCAUCAUCCGCAAGUCCAGAGGCACCUCCACCCAGGGCACCUCCACCCACGCCUCCUCCACCCAGCUGGCCAUGCUGGACGACCAGAGGAGCAAGGCAGGCAGUGUCCACAGCAAAGUGAGCAGCUACCACGGCAGCCUGCACCGCUCGCGGGACGGACG